AUAGGAUGAAUGUAUUUAAAAAGAAGGCAAAUAAGAAUCCGAGUCAUAACCUAAAAUAACCAAUGCCCUGACAUUCCGGUUUGCCCUUUGAAAGGGGACCAAAGGGCGAUGAAUCAGCGAGGGGCGGGAUGGGGCAACUGGUUGGCGGGCGGAAAAAAGGGAAGCCAGAAGAGUCAUCGCCGGUAACAAUUUUCCACUCCUCAAAGCGCCUCCCCUCCCCCAAUUAGCUCAGGGGACUUUUGAGAACUUCCUCUUCUUAUCCCUCAUCCUCUUCCUCUGUUUCCUUUCCUCACUGGCCAUUCAAACCACUCAAUCACCAUGGCCACACCUUUCCUUAUCUCCUACCCCUCCAACCCCACCUCCGGCCUCUCCCUCAAGCAGAUUGCCUACUUCGGGCGGGUGCUGGUCAAGGUAUCAACCCUCGCCGAGGCCGAGCAGUUCCUGCGCCAGAACUUCCGCCAACUCGAUGUCUUUGUCGACGCGACCGCCAUCUCCUCCGCCGGUGACCUCGUCGAUGUGCUCAACGCCGGUGCCGCUAAGAUUCUCAUCACCCUCGACCAAUUGACCGCCCUCUCCCAGGAACAGUCGGUUCCUUCCUCUCGAUUGCUCGUCUCCGCCCUUUCCGAUGCUCAGAUUGAUACUUUCCAGCAAUGGAUUGCCGGAAAUGCCAUUGAACGCAAUGAUGCCAGUGUCUGCGUUACCCCCGCCACGGUCUCCACCGCGGCCACCAAAUUAAACAUUAGCUCGGACUCGCCCCGACUUUUCACAACGUUUGGAGAUGAGGCUGUGUCUGAAGAUGCCAUCAACCAGGUCACACAAAAGGGCGCCAUUGCCAUUCUGCCUUCCCAGUCCUUGACUGUGGAGCGGGAUGCUACCAGCCAGAUCUCCGCGGCGAAGCUUAUAACCUCGCGCGCUGUUACUGACCAGGCUAACAGCCUGUAUGCUACGUCUGUCACUGAUGAGCGGGGAUCGUGCCUUGGAUUCGUCUGGAGCAGCGAUGAGAGCAUUGCUGAGGCGCUCCGCACCGGUACCGGAGUUUACCAGAGCCGCAAGCGCGGGCUUUGGUACAAGGGCCAGUCAAGCGGUGAUGUGCAGGAGCUGAUUCGCAUUGGGUACGACUGUGAUGCGGACUGCUUGGUAUUUGUGGUCAAGCAGAUUGGACGAGGCUUCUGCCACCUCGGCACUGAUUCCUGCUUCGGCGCUUCUGCUGGUCUCUCCCGUCUACAAAAGACUCUCCUUGCCCGCAAGGCCGAUGCUCCCGCCGGAUCGUAUACCGCUCGCCUGUUCAAUGAGCCCAAGCUCGCUGAGGCUAAGAUUAUGGAGGAGGCCGAAGAGCUGUGCCGUGCCACCACCAAGGAGGAGAUUGCCUUUGAGGCUGCCGAUUUGUUGUACUUUGCAUUGACCAAGUGCACUGCUGCCGGUGUUACUUUGGAAGACAUUGAGCGUAACCUUGACCUGAAGAGCCUCAAGGUGAAGCGGAGAAAGGGCGAUGCUAAGGGUCCUUGGGCUGAAAAGGCUGGUCUGGCUCCCGCUACGAAGCCUGCCCCUGCCCCUGUCCCUGUCUCUGCUCCCGUCGAAGACCGCAGCUCGCGCAUUGAGAUGAAGCGCGUGAUUACCUCCUCCACCCCUAUCACCGAAGUCAAGGAGUGCCUCAAGCGUCCCUCCCAAAAGUCCAACGACGCGAUUGUUGCUCUAGUUAAGCCCAUUAUCCAGGAUGUUCGCGAUGGCGGCGAUGCUGCCGUUCUUAAGUACACUCACAAGUUUGAGAAGGCUACCUCGCUGACCUCACCCGUCAUCAAGGCGCCCUUCCCUGCUGAGCUCAUGAAGUUGACUCCUGAUGUUCAGGAGGCCCUCGACAUCAGCAUUGGCAACAUCCAGCGUUUCCACUCUGCGCAGAAGGGCAGCAACGAUACCCUCAAGAUGGAGACUAUGCCUGGUGUGGUUUGCUCGCGCUUCUCCCGACCGAUCGAGCGCGUUGGUCUGUACAUCCCCGGUGGUACCGCUGUGUUGCCUUCUACUGCCAUGAUGCUGGGUGUCCCUGCUAUGGUAGCUGGCUGCCAGAAGAUUGUUCUGGCCUCCCCUCCCCGUUCCGAUGGCAGCAUCUCUCCCGAGAUCGUCUACGUCGCUCACAAGGUCGGUGCUGAGAGUAUUGUUCUGGCUGGUGGUGCUCAGGCCGUGGCCGCCAUGGCUUACGGUACUGAGUCCAUCACCAAGGUGGACAAGAUUCUCGGCCCUGGUAACCAGUUCGUCACCGCCGCCAAGAUGUUCGUGUCCAACGAUACCUCUGCCGGUGUCAGCAUCGAUAUGCCUGCUGGUCCUAGCGAGGUCCUUGUUAUUGCCGACAAGACUGCCAACCCGGCGUUCGUUGCCUCUGACCUGCUGAGCCAGGCUGAGCACGGUGUCGACUCCCAGGUUAUCCUGAUUGCCGUCGAUCUGAAUGAAGAGCAGCUGCGUGCCAUCGAGGACGAGGUUGACGCUCAGGCGAAGGCCCUGCCUCGCAUGGAUAUUGUCCGUGGCUCGCUCGAGCACUCUGUUACUUUCGUGGUCCGUGACAUCAACGAGGCCAUGAUCCUCAGCAAUGAGUAUGCCCCCGAGCACUUGAUCCUCCAGGUGGAGGGUCCCGAGGCGGUCGUCGACCAGGUGCAGAAUGCCGGUAGUGUGUUCAUCGGCCCCUGGACCCCCGAGAGCGUGGGUGACUACUCCGCCGGUGUUAACCACUCUCUCCCGACCUACGGCUACGCCAAGCAGUACUCUGGCGUCAACCUCGGCUCCUACCUCAAGCACAUUACCAGCUCCAACCUGACCGCCGACGGCCUGCUGGGUCUGGCAAAGACCGUCGAGACUCUGGCCGCCGUCGAGGGCUUGGACGCGCACAAGCGGGCUGUCAGCAUCCGUGUUGCGCAGAUGAUGAAGGACCGCUCGUAGAUUGUCUGCGGUUGAUAGCGAGUGCUUUUUAUAUUCCGGGAUUUAUCGUUUAGUGUCUUGUCAUGAAUGAAUGCGCGAUGAAUAUUAGAUAGCGGGAAAAGGACCCAAAAGUUGUCGGUGAGGUUUCUAGCGAGUGAUAUACAAUUUACCAAUCUAUU